AUGGCGGGGAAAAAGGGCGGCGAAAACGCCAAAAAGGCCGCGGGUAAUGCUCGAAAAGCCGACGCCGCUGCUCAGAAACAAGCAGCUUUAGAUGCCAAGAAAGCUGAGGAGGAAGAUCGGGAGUGGUCAAAAGGAUCAAAGUCGAAUGCAAAGAAAGACCAAACGGAAGCAAAGAAAGCAGAAGCAGCCCGUAAAAAGGCAGAGCGUGAAGCCCUGCUCGCCGCCGAAGAAGCCUCCCUACCCUCCAAACCCAAAGGCGCUGGUGUCAAAUCCGCCAAAAAGCACGCCGCACCCAGUCGCGGCACCCUUGACCUCUCCCAGCUCGAUGAUGAGAAAAUGGCCAGCUAUAAAAAGGCCGCUCCUGCAAUCAACGCCACGGGUAUCGACAAUGCACUUGAUGCCCUAUCGCUGACCACCAGCACGGCUGAUGCGACCAAAAUCGACCGCCAUCCUGAGAGGAGAUUCAAAGCUGCAUACGCAGCCUUUGAGGCACGCAGGCUGCCAGAAAUCGAACAGGAGCAGCCUGGUUUGCGGAGGCAGCAGCGAAUUGAAAUUGUGCGUAAGGAGUUUGAGAAGAGUGAGGAGAAUCCGUUUAAUCAAGUUAACGUUGCAUAUGAUGCCACCAAGGAGGAGGUGAAGGCUGUUAAAGAAGCGGAGAGGCGGAAUAUUGAGGGGCGCUUGACGGCGAGGUAA